AUGGCGGAAUCCACAUCAAAUGAACACUGCCAUCCCCUAGGCCACGACGAGGACUUUGUAGAAGAAGUUGAAGAUGAUUUCCAAUGUCUCGUAUGUCAUUUACCGCUAAAGGAACCAGUUCUUACGAGAUGUGGCCACAGACAUUUUAAAGGAUGUCUUGACGAGCACAUCGAAAGGUACGAGUUUGAGAUAAGCAGCUUUCAGUAUUGUUGUUCGUUUGCUCACUUAAUCUAAUCACCCUAGCGAAUUCAUGACAGGUCAUCAGUGUGUUUCAACUGAAUUCAAUCACCACCAGAGUCGAAGUCCAUCCAAUUAAUAAUUAGAGAACGAUGGUCGGUUGCAUGAUCUUAAACAUCAAUUUCACGGAUCAGAAACCCCUACACUAAUUAACUUGGUGAUGCAAUUUUUCAAUUUCUAGCAUUGCCUUCGAUUAGUUUCAAUCAAAAUACGCGCCUAUCUUCCUCUAAAACGUAGCACGAUACAUUUUCUUAAUUAUCAAAGGUAAUGAACAGAUUUCAUGUUCACUUGUCCAAAGAGCAAAAUAUCUCUGAAUCGAAAGCGCAAAUCGGUAGUUCAAUUAUCUACUGCAAGCGUGAUCGCUGUUCCAAGUUCAAAUCUUUUCACCUUAUUCCUUACUUUGUGCUUGUAAGUGCUGAGAUACUACUAGACCUAUCGCGCCAUUCAAACUUUCGGUUCGCCUUAUUCGUAAUCCACAGCUUAAUUGCUCGGUUCCUUAAUUACAUGAACAUAUAGACUUAUCUUAUGUAGCUUGUAGAUUGUGUCAAUGCAAUGAAAUAAACUCGCUUGGAAAAAUCCUAACAAGGGCUUUAUCCACCUCAAUAUUCGUUUUUCGAUGUUGUAGUUUCUGAAUACUGCUGUGGAAGUUAAAUUAGCAACUGUUGUUGUCAUUGUUGUGAAGAGGCGUGGACUGUAUUGAAUAAGAUAAAAGUGUUGGUUAAGAUGGGGUAUGAGAAUAAUUACGGUACAUAUUUGCUUGCGUGCUCCCUUAAUUAUUUCCUUAUUUCUAUACCAUUCUUAAGAAUUUAAUUUUUCUCACAGACAGCAGUGUAAAAAGAGUCUUUAACCUGCCCGGCAGACAGGCAGAAUCUGGACCCAGACCGGGUAAGUAAACUUUUUAACUACUAAAACGUUAAGAAUGAUCUGCUUGGUUGAGUGCGGGUAAAGACCAACUCAAUCAUUUAGCAAUAUUUUGAUUACUUUUUUUAAGAAGUCAGUUAUUGUGACUUUAAAGUCUUGACCAUUGUCAAUGGUUUUACUUGUUAGUUUCUUCCUCAAACACACGUUUUAUUUUUCAAUGAAAUAUUUUGAACAAUGUUCUCUUUUCUUUAGUCUAUUUUGUUUUCUGUUCUUGAAAUAUACCCUAAUUAUUUGUAUUUUUCUUAAAACAUCACUAUUAUCUAAUUAAACACUCCCUAGUAAAGGCUCUUGUAAGGUAAAGCUCUUAUGCUUGAGUCAAUUGCCACCUUAAGACGACUUAGGAAAAAUACGAAUUGUGAUUAUUUCUAAGGACAUUUUCCCUGAUAAAGCAGCAGAAAGGAAGAUUCUCUCUAUGGUGAUCAGAUGUCCAAAUGAUGGCUGUGAAUGGACUGCGGAGCUGAGGAACAAGAAGGUAAAAGUAACGCAUAUUUCAAUAAAUGUCAAUAAACAAUUUUAUCAGUAUAAGUUAUUGUUUUCGUCUGUUGAAAUAACAAAGCCACAGACAUAGCUCAAGUUCCUACAUGUAGAAGCCAAGACAUAGAGACGAUGGGCUUGAUCAUUUUUAACUUCUCAGGGAGAGUUAGGAACCAACACCCAACCUGAAGUUGUUUUGGCUUUAUUUGUUGAACAGAUCCACUUGGAAUCUUACUCUUUUCAGCAAGUAGCGUGUCCUAACAAGUACCGUCGCAAAAGAGUCCAAAAAAGACAUCUUACACAGCGCGAAAAAAAUGUGUGUCCAUGGAGAGUCCUUCAAUGUACAUACUGCACGGAGCCCCACCCAAACUGCAUGAUGCAAGUAAGGAUUGUAAUAGUGGAGGAAUCCAUGAGAAAUAAUACACCUCUUGCCGGGAAAUAUUUUAAUGUUUCUGUGGAAAAAAUUGAGACCCUUAAAAUCGAAUAGGAAUUAGAGUAUAUAGAUAACAAAAUACAUAUUCGAUUUUUAAAGGAGGUCUCGAUGAGGUUAUGGCUUUUACGGCUACAGUUUGUAUUGGUUAAAAUUUUGGCCACUUAACGGUUACCCCAUUGAGACUUUCUUUAGAGCCCGACUCCCGACGGAAAUUGAUUGAAAAAAGGAAACAUAAUAAAUUCAAAUUUCCGCAUUGCUGUUUUUAUUUGAUUCUUUUUUCAUUUUUUUGUAGGACCAUAUUAGACAGUGCAGCAAUUUCCUAGUAUUUUGUCCAAACAGCUGUAGUCGUUCAAUUCCAAGGGUUAUGGUGAGACUUUCAGCGUUGUCUGUGAUAUACAAUCUGACUCCGGUUGUUCGAAGGUUGGAUAGCGCUAUUCACUUUAUAAAACUCUAUCCGGUGGAUAACGCCACACGUUUUGCUAUCACUUAUCCGCUGGAUAGCGACUUAUCCGCCCUUUAUACAACUGGGCCCUGAAGUUUGCAGCGAAUCUUUUUCGACUAGAUGCAGCUUCAAUACAUGAUAUUUUUCAAGCGUCAAAUUAUAUCUUUUUACUUUAAAAUUUCCUAAAAUAAUGUAAAUCAUACAAAGUUAUGAACCGCAAAAACAUUUCCGACGGACAUACAAGUGGAUGUCUCACAGCUAUAAAUUUGUGUGACUAAUGGUUCUUACUGACGCUUGAUCAAAAUUUUCUUUAAUUAGGUUCAUAAUCACGGAUACACAAUAUUAAAGAAAGAAAAAUGCCAAACAGUUCCCUUUUUUGCUUUAUUUAAAGCCUCUCAUGUUAUUUCCCCGUUACAUCUCAUUCUCACUGAAAAACAACAAACCAUUCUUACAGGCCCCAUUCAUUCUUUUUUCAGUCUGCUCCAGGCUCUCAGUCAAUGAAAAACGCAAAACGGUGAAAAUAAAAUUGUUAUGAGAACCUCGUUGUGGUGUUCCAGCGACAGUUAUCGGCGAUCAUCGAUCACAUUGAUAAAGUAAUCUUGCACAUUUAUGGAGGCUGCCAUGUAAUAAAUGACCUUUCUAGUUGAAAGUUCGAGGAAAUAUAACCAACAGAAAAGAUCCUGACGAGUGUGUUGACGAUCACGUAAAACCGUUAUCAAAAAGAACUUUAAACCAAAUUAGCUGUUUUAGAUAAGGGCUUAGUUUAAGGUAUGUAUAAUUUCUGGUAAAUGAAGUAUAAAUUUUCAUGUAGGUCCAACGUCAAGAAAUGGAGCAUCACCUUGAAUCAGCAACAAGAACCCAUCUUGCUUUACUUUGUAUUAAAUUAAGUAACACGGAAGACAAGUUAAAUAAAACAGAAGAUGAGCUGAAUAACACAAAAGCUUGGUUAAAUGAGACAAGAGCUGAGUUGAAGAAUACCAUGGUACUGCUAGAGUUGUCGAGCGUAAAAGGUGUUUCUUUGGCGGAUUGA